AUGGGUGCUUUAACAACUUGUUGUACAUACCUCAUACCUGUAUAUUAUCUUCCUUCCUAUUUGUAUCUCCUUUUUUCCUUUAGGGAGCUGACACUCAUACUCAGGCAACAGAGCUUGUUAAAAGUUCAUCCAAACAGAAAGAAAGGCACAAUACUCAAUUAUUUACCUCGCCAUAUAUGGCAUGAUCUUGGUCUUCAGCUAGGACUGUAUCAGCCUACACUAGAAGACAAUAAUGAAGAUAAUAAUGGAGACUCUAAGAAGUACUUCAGACAGUGUAUGUCUGCCUGGUUAAGAGGAAAAGAUAAAGUGAGAGAGAAAGGAGGUCCCAGUUGGUCAUCAUUAGCUACAGCACUGGAUAAAGAAGGAAAACAUCAUAUUGCUACUAACAUUAGGGAUAAAUAAUAUUUUUAGAUGUAGUUGUGUAGUGUUUAAGUUUGUUCAUAAACUUACGUUAUAAAAUAAAA